AUCACCCACAUUCUUUAGCGUAAGAGGUACGGUACUGUGUGGAAGUAGGAGAGGAGGACGAGAGGCAUCAGGCGACACGUGUCCACACACCUGUUUCAUCCUCAAAGCAACCAAGCAUGACACGUGUACUCCAGCUUAGUCAGCAGCAUGCAUGGCCUUUUUCCCACUCUCUUUUAUAUCUAACCCCCCCUCACAAUUACAUUCAUUUAAAAUUCCCACCCAAAAAAAGAAAAAAAGAAAAAAGCAAAUCAAACAUUCUGUGAAGAAAUUAAGCUAACAGUGUUGAACUAGAAUGGCGAGGACGGUGGCGAGAAACGUGGCGGGUCCUUUGUUGUUUCUGAACUUGAUAAUGUACUUGAUUGUGUUAGGGUUUGCUAGCUGGUGCCUAAACAGGCUCAUCAAUGGCCAAACACAUCAUCCCAGUUUUGGCGGGAACGGAGCGACCAUGUUCUUCCUAGUGUUUGCGCUGCUGGCAGCUGUGUUGGGGAUCAUAUCGAAACUGCUAGGGGGAAACCACCUGAGGGCGUGGAGGAACGACAGCCUCGCCGCUGCUGGAUCUUCCGCGAUUGUCGCGUGGGCCGUAACCGCCUUAGCUUUUGGGUUGGCAUGCAAGCAGAUCAACAUAGGAGGAUGGAGAGGGUGGAGGCUGAGAGUUCUGGAGGCCUUUAUAAUCAUCCUCACAUUCACCCAACUCCUCUACGUGCUCAUGAUUCACGCCGGAUGUUUCAGCAGCAGCUACGGGCCCGGGUACCGCGACACCGAUCACUACGGUGCCGGGCUGGGCGAGAAGGGUCCCACCGGGACAAGGGUUUGAUUCCAUCCAUCAUUACCAACAACCCCCUUGAAAUCAUCAUCAGACAGACAGAUGUAGUGAAACCACAUAUAUAACAUCUUAGUGGUUACUCU